UUUCCUCUUUCUUCAUCUUUCUUUCUUCACUUUCCAAUUCUUUAUUUUCUUUCUUUCAUAUAUAAUUCUACACUUUCCCAUUCUUUAUUAGCUUUCUGGAUACUAAUACUGUUAAUUUUGCCAUUGUCACGAACUCACAAAUUUUUUAUCUCCAUUCCGACAAUUCUGGUAUUGUUGAUGUUUUCCAACUCUUAGCAAUUAAUAUUCUUGCCGCUGCUGUCCCGUAUAGAAAUAUAUUCCUUUUAUCUUUUGGGAUGUCAUACGUUAAUGGCACUUUUUAAGAGCACAUUUUCCCGACCCACUCAAAAAGCGCACCACGCCAGAAGUCCAGUACUAAGGAAUUUUUUAAACUCAACAAGACAUAUAUAUCACUUUAUUGUAAACUGCACAGACUAUAUUGCUUAAUUGUGAACUGUGCAGUGGUUGUCUUACAAAGAUAUAAAACAUUAGAAUUCUCAGUAAAAAAAGAGAGAGAGCCAGAAACAGGUAUUUAAAAACAAAUUAUUAAAGUCAAAAGUAGCUUAAAAAAUUGAGCUGCAGGUGUCUCUGCGUUUGAAAUCACAGAUAUCUGUUUCAUUUUUAAAAAAUCUAGGCCAUUAGGUAAAAAGUAUGGAGUUGUAUGGAAUGUUCAUUAUCUGUUGAUGGGAGAUGCUAGUAGAAGGAGAACAAUUGUUUCACGCUCCAGUAUGUGAGCCUGUUCUUGUGGGUCCUGUCCGCCCCCGCCCCCCAACACCCAUGGGGAGACAGGAGGGGAGUGGGUGUUGUAUCCUGGGUUAGUAGAUGUGUAUUUAUUUUUCUCUAGGCUCUGGUUAAUGUGGAGUUAACAAGUAUAUUGUUGGAUGGAUAUCUUGUGACAGAGAAGUGGUUUCUGCUCUAGGGUGAGAAACCAUUAGUGGAACUUGCCCAUUGUGAGAGAGGAGUGUCAUAAGUGUGUAAGGUUCUACAUUUAGGCAGGAAGAACCAGCUGCACAAAUAUGAUGGGGAACACCUUGAUUGCUAGUACUACAUGUGAAAAGAGUGCACCUGGAAUGCUGUGUCCAGUUCAGGGCACCACAGUUUUAGGAUAUUGACAAGCUGGAAUGUCUGCUAAGGAGGGUGACCAAGGUGAUCAAGGGACUGGAAACCAAGCCUUAUAAGGAACAGUUGAGGGGAGUAAGUUGGGGCACCAGCCAGUGUUAAACAAACCACUUCCUACGAUAGCAACCAGCUGGACUUCAGGAGUAAUAUUGGAUCGUGCGUCCUCUAAGCUAGACCAUACAGUUUACAAUUUACUAGUCCAACCUACUGCAGUGUAGGAAUCUUUCAUCCAAUGUGGAGUUUGAAUGCACAACCCUGAGAUUAAUGCUCUACUGACUGAACUGUGGUGUUGAGGGCAGAACAUAGACUUGUGGGAGUCUGUUUCACUGUCAAACAGCUCUUACUGUCAGAAAGUUAUUCCUGAUGUCAGCAUCUCCUGUCUUGUAACUUAAAGCUAUUUGUUCAGGUCCUAGCCUCUGGAGCAGAAGAAUACUAGUUUGCUCCAUGUGACAGCCUUUUAGAUAUUUGAAGACGGCUAUCCUCUUGGUCUCCUCUUUACCAGGCUAAACAUGCCCAACAGAAAACAGACCUGCCCACUCCCACACCUGCCUUAGUCACACCCAAGGUAAAUUGUUGAAAUGUGCCAUAUUGCUGCCCUUGGAAAAUAUUGGGAAAUUACAGCUGAUGCCACAAUAAUAUUUGGUGCUUGCUUUUUUGACCAUUAAAAAAAAAGCCUUGUUUAAAUUCAAGGUGCCGGCUAUUACCUCUGAAGUCCUGAAUGGUUCUGGACUUAGGAUAUUUGAAGGGUCACCUCCUCCUGCAUAAGCUAUCCAUCAAUUGCAUUCAUAUUUGGAAGCCCUGCCCUGAUUUUGCUGGCAAGAGUGAUGAAGUUGGCUGGGAUGUGAGUCUUUUUAUUGGGCCCAUCAUGAUUGAGGACCUUCUUCCCAAGAAAGGCUAUUGACUCCUUUGAAGAUUUUUAGGUGAAGGUUUAGAUCAGGCAUCCCCAAAUAUUGGCCCUCCAGAUGUUUUGGACUACAAUCCCCAUCAUCCCUGACCACUGGUCCUGUUAGCUAGGGAUCAUGGGAGUUGUAGGCCAAAAUAUCUGGAGGUCCGCAGUUUGGGGAUGCCUGGUUUAGAUGUUUUCUGUUCUGCCUAGCUUUUGACCUAUUUUAACUCGUAUCUCAUUGGUAGGUCCCUGGCUGACUGCCUUGCAUCGGCAUAUAAGACUGGGGAAAAUUCUUGUCUGAAACCCUGGAAAGCUUUAGCCAAUCAUGUAUAUAGUACUCUCAUAGAUGGACAAAUGGCCUGGCAUGAUAGGCAGCAGCUCCCUAAGCUUCUAUUUUCCUGAAUGCAAUAUUCCCUUUUCCAUGACGAUGAGUAUGCAAUGUAGAGAACAGGGACUGCAAUCAGAGAAGGGGAAGGACAAAAUUAAUUUUCACCUAUGGCAACAACAAAACAGCCUGAGUGGUCCCUGAAUAUCAUCAAGAUGAAGGGUGGCUUUAGGCUGUUGGUUGUUGUUGUUGUUGGUUGUACAAGUCUGUUUGCUAUUCCUCUGCCUACCUGCUGUGACCACCGUUUCAAGCAUCUUAAAAGUUCCCGUACUUUCCCCUGCAUUUUUGUUUAAAGAUCUGAAAUUAAAUCCACAUGCCUCUGUGCAUUAGGUUUUUCUUUUGGUUGGUAAAGCAGGCACGUGUUCUGUCACUCGUCAUCAGGCGUCUUUAAAAGCCUGCGGUGUUAACUGCAAAGCGCCUUGGAAGAGAUUUGCGGCCGAAGAUAUUCUACUGUAGUAUGGGCGCGCGGGGAUCUAAAAAGAACCCUCCCCAGCCACAUUCAGAUUUACAGUACUGUACUGUAUUAAUCUCUCUUCUCUCUAUGCUUCCCCUAGACUUCCCAUGCCACCUCUCUAGAAGCAGCAGCGCCCCCUUUUCCUUUGUUUUGUCUGCGAUCGCCUUCCGUAAACGAAGAGGAGGGGGGAAAGCAGAAGGCGAGCCAGCCCAAGGCCGCUCGGCCGGCCUCGGCAGCGCCAGAGCCUAGAGGGCAGUGUGAGCGCCGCGGCCGCAGCCUGGAAAGGCGGAGCGGCAGGAACUGCUAAGGCGAGGCGUUUUUGACAUCAGUUCCUCUGGCUGGAAGUGGGGGGUGGGUGGGAAGAGUUUUCUUCCCGAAAAUGCCACAAGUAGAAAGCGGCGAGCCCCGGGCGGCUGCCCUGGGGCAGGAGGCGGCAAGCCGGCGCGCCCGGUGAGAGUCUGCUGCAGGCGACGCGGUCGAGGCGGCAGGCGCGUUCGAGGCUGCGCGCCUCCUCUUUUCCCCUCCUGGGAACGAAGGAGCUUCAGUUAGUGGCGGCGGCAGCACCAGCAGCAGCGACGUCAACUCCGGCCCCGCUCGCCGUCGCACCCAGCAUGAGCAGUGGCGGCGGCGGCGGCGGGCGCACGGGCGCCCGCGUGGCCGUGAAGAUGGAGGUGGCCCCCUUCUACGGCGAGGAAGGGCUGGAGCUGCUCCCGGACUUCGUGCAACUGCCAGGCUUCGCGGGCGGGUCCGGCGCAGCGGUACCUGCGGGGCUGGAUCCGGCCGAGGAAAGCGCGGCGGACCAACAGCACAAGCUGCUCCUGGCUGGGAAGAAGCAGCAGCAGCGGGACUUGGUGGCGGCGGCGGCCACCCCGGGCGCUGCCUUGCCGCCAACCGGUCCCUUCACCUCGCUGCGCCCCCGGUGCGGCACCAGCAACGCCGUGCACCGCCUGAUGCCCGACGCGCCCGGAGUCGGUCAGGAGGUGGGCUCCGGCGUGCUGCAGCCUCUCUUGAAGCUGCCGGCGGCCGCCGAUCUGGAACAACUGCUGAUCCAAGCGGCCAGCCCUGGCCUGGCCGGUCCGGCCAGCCCCAGCGGCGGAGGGCCUUCGGUGGCGGCGGCGGCGGCCGCCGGGGGCUCCUUCUUGUACCGGUCUCCGCAGCCCUCAGCCCAGCAGCAGGCGGUGACGCAGGAGCAGGAGGGCUUCGCCGACGGCUUCGUGAAAGCUCUGGCCGACUUGCACAAGCAGAACCAGCUGCUCGGCGUGUCUCCGGCGCCCCUCUCGCCCACCCAGCACCCGGGGGGUCCCUGUUGCCCUCCGUCCCGCCAGGAGUCUCCCACCGUCUACACCACCUUGGGCGGCUUCAACCCGGCCAGCCCGUCGACCGGCGGCACUUUUUUCUCUCCCCAAGUCGUGGCUCGCCUUCCAGCGCCCGGCUCGACGGGCAGAGCUUUGGAGGAGCCACAGACGGUGCCGGAGGCGGCCGUGGUGUCCGUUCCUCCACCUCCGGCGCUUUCGUCCGGAGACUCGCCGCCGCCGGCCUCCUCCUUGUCUCCACUGGACGCCGAGAGCCAGGAGCGCCUGAAAGCCGAGCGCAAGAGGCUGCGCAACCGCAUCGCGGCCUCCAAGUGCCGUCGGCGCAAGCUGGAGCGCAUCGCCCGCCUGGAGGAGAAAGUCAAGGCGCUUAAAGGGCAGAACGCCGAGCUGGCCGCCACCGCCAGCCUCCUGCGCGCCCAGGUCACCCAGCUGCAAGGGCGCGUCCGGAGCCACCUCUCCAGCGGCUGCCACAUUAACGCUGCGGCUGCAGCCCCGACGCAGACCUCGGCAGCAGCAGCUAGCCAGCCCCCCGGCAGAGAAGGACCCACAGAACCGGAGACCAGCGCUUGUUGAAGCCGCUCGACAGUCCCGGGACGGGGAGAGAUACCGAUGCGCAUACAAGCUUGCCUUGCGUGGCAUAGCGGGAAGGAUGACCCCUUGAUCGUGGCGCCACGAUAGAGCCACCUUCAGUUCCCUCUUCUUCGGUUCCCAAAGGUGCCAUUCGGUCACCCGAGGAGCUUGGCGAACGGAUGGGUGAAGAGGUUCCUCUCCCAUAUGCAUCCCUGUGCCCUCUUACAGGGGCCGCAAGAGCCAGAGAGAAACGCGGUGUAAUGGGAAGUGUGGGGAGCAACAGUCUCUGCUCCUCAAGGGACAGGAUGGGACAACAGUCGCUUUGGGCAGCCAGGGAAUGUUGUUUACUCCGGAAACAAAACUUUUAACAAGUACUCUUCAGUCGAAACAAAUUUGAGAUCAUUUCCAGCAUCGAUAGCUUUCCUGCCAAGUCGUGAAAGUGACGCUGAAGUGAUUAAUAACCAGAUUGUGGUGUUUGGGUUUUCUUUCAGGAGCACAGGGUCAAGUGCACAAACAUCAAGGGGAAGGAGGGUGUGUGAAGCUGCACCAGUUGAUGCCCGUUCUGACAGUCCCCAGUUACAUCAGGAAGCCUGAGGCUGGUGAUUUUCCAAAAAAAACCUCCGGCUUGAAAAUGUGCUCACUUUUCUAGCUUCUCCAACUCAAACAAAGCUGAAAAGCUUUGCAGAUCAGAUGUAGAAAAAAACAAGCACCAGAUUGUUGCUGGAAGUCUAAAGAUCUCUUCAAUGAUCCCACCUGAGCUUAUGGUGUGGGCGGAAGUUGUCUUUGUUGAGGACUAUAUAUUUUAGAGAUUCUUGAAUUUUAUUUUUUAUUUUUGUGGUGGAAGGUGGUGAGAGUCAACCUGUAUAGCUUUUUCUUCAAGUUGCCAGGGGUUGUUAAAAACUCCAGUAUUUUUUGGCUGCAGGCUUAUUUAUUUAUUUCUAAAAAGGCUUUAGAUUCUCUAUGAUGGGGUUUGGUAAGUGUUUGGUAAGGGGCAUGUAUGUCAUGUUGAUUGCUAGGUGUUUUGAUAAGAGCAGUAAUAUUUUUAAAAGAUAGACAUGGGGUAGUUUUGUGAAAUGUUUCUCAAGAAUUUGAAAUGGUUGUAGCUAAUACAGGGCUUGUCAAGUCUUAUGUACAGAGAGAGAACAUUAUUUUCCUGCUGUAGAAGUUUUAUAGAAUUCCUCAGACCUUGAGAGAGCCAAAAUGUAAUUGUUUAGGAAGAUACUAUAAAUAUUUUGGAAGAUAUGACAGUGUAGUUUUUCUUGGUUUAAUAAUGGAAAGUCUAAAAACAAUUACUGUAGUUGCUGUGAGAAUGUUUUGGUUGAAUUUCUGAUGCUAGAUAAUUUCCCCAUCAUGAAUAAGUAGUGCUAAAGUACAGCAACAGAAGAGGAUGUGCCACACAAAACUAUUUAUUUAAAAAUUAGUGUUUAAAAAAAUGGGUUUUUUUAGACUCAUGAGCUCCAUUUUAUUUCUUGUGCCAGCACAAAUCUGGGGCAUUGAUAGGCUUAUUUAUUGAAAUGCUUUGGAAUGUCACAUUUUAUUUUUAUAAUGUGCAGAAUGAUAAAAGAAAUAGUUUUGGAAGAGUAAAUAAUAACAGAUGAUUUAUCCUUCAUGAUGUACAUUCCAGCUGUAAUUGCUCUGUAUGGAUGGAAGUAUAUAGUGGCUGAGGCUGCAGUCCUAUGUCCACUUACUAAGGACUAAGUCCCACUGAACUCCGUGGAGCUUGCCUUUGAGUAGACAUGUCUAGGCUUGCACUGCCACUGCUAUGCAGAAAAGGCUUGAAUUUUUUUUAAAAAAAUAGAACAAUUCUAUUGUACUGUGUUUUGAAUAACACAUAGAAAUGUGGGUAGUUUUUCUUCCAAGAACAGCGUAUAAGCUAUUUUAUUGCAGUUUCCAUUGUAAAUAUUUUCUAGUUCUCAGUGUGUCUGGCUGUUAACCAGAAGGUUGGUGGUUCAAGUCCACCCAGGGAUGGCAGGAUUCCUGCACUGCAGGGGGGUUGGACUAGAUGACCAUCCUGACCCCUUCCAACUUACAAUUCUGUGAUUUUGUGAUUCCAGGUGGGAGGAGGAAAGAGAAGUUUGAAGUCUUUGAGAUUUGUUUUGAAGUGGGAUCAGUAAAAAGAAACUGUUGCCUGCAAUUUGUUUAACUGAGAGUUUUGAUAGUUUUCUGGUCAAAGUGUUCUGUGCAUAAUCUCCUCCCCGUCCCCACUUGUAUAGAGUACAGUUUGGAUGCUUCUCAAAAUGCAGUUUUAUUGUUUCUGUGGCUUAUUUUAAACUUGAGCUUUAAAUAUAACAAUCCUUGCCUGGAUAUAACAUGUGAAUGAGCUUGUGGCAGUAUAUAUAUAUAUAUUACUUUCCAUAAGGCAGUACUGUGACAACCUUGCUUGAUAAAUAAGUAUAAACAGAUGUCAUAGAUUAUAUUACACAGCACCAUUUCCAUGCUUUGGAGCAAUGCUUUGCAUAUUUACUUGGAAGUAAGUCCCAAUAAGUUAAGUCAAGCUUAUUCCCAAGUUAAGUACGCAUAGCAUUGCAGCUCCAACUUAAUGACAUCAGGAGCUUUUUGUAUUUGGAAUCAUAAUGCUGCAAAUAUGUGAAAUAACCAGUCUUAUCCUUUUAGAAAUGGAGAAACUGGGAAGAAAGCUUAAUUCGUUUGAUCAGUCCAUUUGAUCAGUUGCAUUAAUUGCCAGAGUUUCAUCAAUAUGGCAGAAAAAGUACUUGAGCUCGCAUACCGUAUUCCUAAAGGAUAAUGUAGCAAAGGUGGAGACUUUAUAGCAGUGCCUUAAGUGUGAGGGAUGCAAAUUAGAUAAAGAGUUGUACAAAAGGUAUCAUCUUAGCUGGGACCAGAGCAGCUACUACAUUUAUAUAGCUGAAAAUGCCCGAUGGUGUGACAAUGUUUUUUUCUCAGGUGGGUUCUAAUCUGGAAUAUUAAAUCUAAGGGAAAAAAGCCCAGGUUUAGAUAAACCACGUUUGUUGCUCUUUCUCAAAUGUAACUGGAAAUUGCAUGUUUCUUGCAACUUGUUUCUUAUCUUUUCUGAUAAGGGUACAUAAUAACUCUGGCUGUCUCAGAGGUUGGAGCUGAGAACCUACAUUUUCUUACCUGUUGCGAUUGGUAGGGCUGCAUGCUGCAUCAUUUCUGCCAAAAGCAUAUUUUGCUUCUUGAAAUAUCCUCAGUGUUCUAGGUGGUUCACCCAUUUUGUAGCCUUUUCUGCUAAAGUCAGUAACACAAAGUUAACAACUUUGUGUUUGCUAUCUGCCUCAUAUUUGUAUUAAUGGCUCUUGUUUUUCUAAAAGUACCAGUCGCCCUGUCAGUGUCCCUGCAAACCUAUUUAAAUGCAAUGUCGUUUACGACUGAACAUUUUACUUUCUGACCCACCAAUAGAAUUCCUCUCAUUCCCCAGCCUCAGAUGCAUUCAAGCCCAUUCCAUGUCGUGGUCUGUCCCUAUCCUCUCACCCACCCAGUUCUGAGAAUCUCUCCUCUCUCUCUCUCUCUCUCUCUCUCUCUCUCUCUCUCUCUCUCUCUCUCUCUC